CCUUGGGUGUGCUGUGAAGAGAGACCCCGUGCUAGCCUAGCCCUCACCAACAGGAAUCACUUUAAUCCAACUCUGCCAGUCACACGGUGCAGUCGAUGUAUAAAUAAGUUUAAUUAUUUUUUUUUUAAAUAGUAGUUUGAUCCGAUAAUACACGAAAUACAUUUGAUCAGACCCAGUCCUUCAACUUGAAUAGCAAAUGUAACAGAAGCUAAGAUCUACAUCUUCAAAAGAUUUGGACUUUGUGUCAUUAAGUUGUGCGACUGAAGUGACUUUCCCAAAGAGAAACGAUGUCAGACGGUGCAUCAGCAGCGAAUGAUUUUGUCCAUGAGCCGGGACUGAGCAAGGAAGAGAUAGCUCUCCGAUAUUCAAAAUGGGCCCAAGGAGCACAAUAUGAAAAGGACCUAUCAGAAGAGAAUUACAAAGGUCCUACCAUCACUGCUGACGUCCUUGCUGAGCUGUUUCCUUAUGAAGACUCACGUGGAGAUGUUUACAUACUAGAUGUCGCUGCUGGCUCUGGCUUUGUAGGAGAAAAAUUGGUACAAAAAGGCUUUAAAACGUUAGAUGCUCUUGAACCGAGUGAAGGCAUGCUAAAUUUGGCUAAAGGCAAGGGAAUCUACACCAGGACAUUUCAAACAUUCCUAAAUGGGACAUCUAGUUUUAUUCAAUCAGAUUUUUAUGACGUGGCGCUCACAAGUGGCGGCAUGGGCGAAGGGCAUAUACCAUGUAGUGGUCUUGAGGAAUUGAUUCGUGUUGUAAAACCAGGAGGUCUGGCUGUGAUAGUGAUGCGAGAAACGUACCUGACUAGUGUAGUCGAGUAUAAGGACAGACUGGAGCCUAGAAUGAAAGAGUUGGAACUAGAAGGCAAAUGGACCUCUGUCAUGAGGAGAGUGGUACCGAAAUAUUCCUUUGAAAACAAUGGAGUUGUCUUUGUGUUUAGAGUUCUAUAGGACGUGUUGAGUGUAGAUCUACAGGAACUACUUCAUUCUACCAAAUGUAUUGUGUCGCUUAAAUAUUACAUUGAUAUUUGAAGUAAUGUCAUUCCUAAUGCACAAGACUAGUGUAUGUAAAUAUUGUAUUCAUGUGUGUACACUUGUUAUGAAAUGAAAGGGUUGAUCACUUUCCAUGGGGACAGGUUCAGUCUGUGCCUAGUAUCGUUCCACCUUCCAGAUAUUACCCUGAGAGGAAAAUACUCAUAAUGUAUUUCCAGCAUGAAAGUCAUUGUUUUAUUUAUUUAUUUGAAAAUCUUCACUGAAGAAUAACUUUUUAAAAUUUGAUUGCUUUGUAAGGCCAAUGGGGGCCUCAAUUAUUACUUAUGCUUUCUUGUACCCCCAUCCCCCAUGCUGACAACUGGCUGGGUGGGGGGGUUGAGAAACAAUGACCUAGAUAAUUUGUCUGUACUAAAACAAUGUUAAAUUCAAAUCUUUAAAGUUACUUUUGUCUCCAACAAUAUCUAAAACAUCAGUUGUCAAGUUUAGACAGAUUUAGAGACCUUGAAAGAAAUAGAAAAUGAGAAUAUUAUCUAAAACAUCUGACGAUGACUCGUGGGAUUUGAUAACUAGGGUAAUUGAACUUAAUUCUAAAAUUUCUCCAACUACAUACUUUGUCUAAUUUAUAAAAAAUCCUUCGUAAUGUAAACAAAAAAUAUUUUUAAAACACUUUAUAUAGACACAGAUUAAAAAGUUAAUAAAGCUCGUUUAAUGUAAUCUCAAUGGUUUAUAAAUUCCGACUAAGUCUUUAUUGAUAAUUGAUAAAGAAUUAGCUGUAUUAACGAAGGCCCAAUUGUCCCUAACAAUAAUGAGGCUUGUCUUCGAGUCCGAUGAUUAAUGAGAAAAGCAGUAUUUCCUUUGGAUAAGUAAUGCCAACUGUGACCUACAUACUUUGCCACAUCCAUCGCAGACAUAACCAUUGUCCGCUGGUUGUUAAUUUAAAUUUUCUUUUCGCCGUCUACGUCUGUCCUCGGUAGUGGAUUUUCUUUUGGUCUCAAAUGUGUAACCCGCGUCUUUGUAAGUGAUCUCCAGCUCUCGUUCCGAAGCCGCCUGCAGCCAGGUGCUCUCUUCUAUGGCAGUUAAAGCAAGUUGAGGCCGGUUCUGGUCUUUGGUUAGUCUCAACCCAAGUGAUCAGUUGGUCUGUAUUAUCCUUUCCAAACUUUGUAUCCUGCACCCGGUGAUGUUUUCUUCACCAUGUUUCUGAGUCGCAAUCUGCUUAAACAUAAUCGACUUUUCUAAUGUGAGCUUGCCAGUGAUUGAACUUUGUAGUUGAUUAGGUAAAUAUCUCAUUUCUAAUUAUCGAUCAUUGAGCCAUAAAGAUCCAUAGUGUAAAUAUCCAAAUUUCACUUUACCCUCAUCAAUUUUCAAAAGAAUAUUUAGUUUAGAAUUUAAUUUUAAUCAAGAUCCAGAUCAUAUGACAAAAAUAGUACAUAAAAAGCCUGCCCAUCUUUCAUCGCCUGCUCUACUCAAAGGCCGCCUUGGGUGGCGAGUGGAACAACCGCCCUAGGCCCCGCGCCUUAGGUGAGCCCCGCGAUAAAGAGAACCCUUUGUAUACGUCACUCUCUCAGCCCAUCGUUCAUUUUCGUGGCUCUGAUAUUGAUGCUCGUCCAGGGCCCCGCGCUUUGUACUAAAUGUACACAGGUUUCAUAAGCGUUUCUUUCGAGCCACAGACAUCUCUCGGCUUGGGAUAAAAAGCAAAGGCAAAAUCUCCACCUAGUUUCAACCUCUAAAAAAAUCGUUUCCUACAUCGGAUAUAGAGUUACUCACGACUGUAACCGGACACGUCUAUCGCUGGGGAAAAAAUGUCUUAACAACUGCGGCUUAUAAUUAAUAAGAAUUUUAACAAAAAGAUUUCCUUCCUAAAAAUAUCAAUUUCAUGACCAUUAAACUCGGGUAUUUAAUUUCAUCCAUUCAUAAAGAAAUGUAAACAAGACUAUAAUAGGCUUUUCAUUCAUUGAAAUAUCAGUUUAGUAAUGCACCUUUAAAUUCUUAAUUUCAUUCAAAGAGAAUUAUAUUAUCUUGAUACUCUCAUCCACUUUGUAAGAUGUUUCAAUGUGUGACAUUGAUUAUUUCAUUACUGCGAGACAAAUAACAUAUAGGCCCUUUGAAGUUACUGAAUAGAGAAAAAAAUUAUUGCAUUGUACAUCAUAUUGUUGAAAGCAAUUGACUGGUGAGUGUUGAAUCUGGGCUUGGGGACUCUCUUUUAUUACAUUUCUCACACCUCGUGCUUGUGUUCAUAUUUUUCUAGACUUCAGUUCAGCAAUUGAGACAGACCCGAGUUAGAACAUCACUUUAGCGCAGUGUUUCUCAAACUUUUAACGUAGCGCCCCCUUAAUGAGGAAAAUUUCCUUCGCAUCCUAAUAAGACAAAUGGGAACUUGGAAGAAAAUGCAAUGAAAAAUAAAAUGAACAUAAAGAUAUAUAUAAAACACUAUUUUCUGGUUUUAUUUGGCAUUGAUAUUGAAACUAUGAAAUUCAAGUGUACGUAAUGGAUGUUUAUUAAAGUUUGUUCGCGUUUCUUUUUUCGAAAAUAGUUUUCGUAGUUAAACAUUUAAGUAUUUUGUAUACUAGAAAUGUUGUUUUCUGGAGAUAAUAAUGUACAUGCAACAGGCUUCUCUUCCUAUAGCAAGGGGGUCGGGAGGUGAAGGGGGCGCUGUAAAUUGAAUCAGACCCCCAGCGUGGUCCGGGACAGAGCCCAGGCGCCACACGUUCUCAUGCGUUCUGAGCAUAAGAAAUUCUUUCUCCUUUAGUCGAAACGUCUUUUUAUUUUCGUAGUAUAAAAAAAGCGCAUGUCAGAAAGUGAGAAGGUGUGGGACAUGCCGAUAUUGAAGUGUAUUCUUACAAUCAGAGGGUAGUCUUCAUAUUAGUAACAAACAAAAAAAAGUCGCAAGUCAAAUUUGAUCUAAUAAUGAGUAAACACCACUGACUAAUAUUAUUAUGGGAGGAACAUUCGAAGUACAUAUAGCGCACGUACGUCUGUGAUCGUCGUAAGAUUAUCUUUUAAAGUAAGACGUCUUGCCGCAAACCUUUUUAUUUUUGUCGCAUAAAAGUCGUUAACAUAUGAUACCGUAUAAAUCAUUCAGGAGAGUGUCAACCAUUCUUACACAAGAAACUCGAGAAGAAUCGAUAAGCUCCUUUUAAUCAAAUGAUACGGCGUCUCUUACUUAAAGUAUUUUAAUUUUUAAAACAUUGGUAAUAAUGUCAUUUUACUUGGUUAAUAUUCAAACAUGAAUUGAUAACUACAUUGAAAAUAACACGUUUUUUUUCUACUUGAUAAUUAAAUUAAUCCGCUGCACCUUCCUCCAUCCACUUUGUCAGGACCCUGCGUCCGCCCUUGAGAGUAUGUCGCCCCAUUCCCCAAAUGUGGUCGCGCUUUUCAGUUUGAGAAACGCUGCUUUAGCGAUUGAGGCAAACUCUAGAAUUUAUAAUUGAUAGCACAUCAAAAAACAUUUGAGACAGACUGUCGCCAAACUUUGGAUGUUGAAAAGGAUAUGAAACAUAAUCAAAGAGUGGAUACUACAGAGUUACCUAAGAAAUAAUUACAAAAUGAGAUCUUUAAAUAAAACAUCGAUAUUUUGACAUUUGAUAUGUUCCAAUUGGUUUCCCCUUUGCGUUACAAGCAUUUCAAUUCAUGGAGAUCACGAUCCUUCAAUAUUGAAGUAGCUGGUCUUUCAAGUCUCUACAAAGCCUAUUCUAUACGAAGUCUUUUCUCUCAACAGUUAAGUCACUACAAUGUCUGAUCUAUACAAUGGCUGGACCAUAAAAGGUCAAUCAAUAUAGAUUUAGUUAUCAUAUACUAAUUACUUGUACAUUUAAUUUCUUACUUACACUGUAGACAGAUGUUAGACACGAGACACCCGAGUCUCGUCCUGCUCAAGUCUAAAUGUUUCCCUUUCACGUAAACAAACCCAAAUCUGGGGGGCUUUUCAUUUACUUUUUACCUAUCUUCCUUUUUUUUUAGUGUUGGACCAAUGGAGGUGUGCAAAGUUUGAGGUUACCACGUUAAUUGUUUAGGCCGCCAGCUUAGUUCAAUUUAAUGCUAGCACAGUCCAUGGGCCUAUUGAUUGGAGGGGGUGGAGACUCGUAGUAGAACAUUUUAAGAUUUUCCUUUAGAUUUUUUGGUUGUGAACGUUCAUUUUGGGUCAAAUAGUUUAUAACCUCAGAAUUGUUGUGUCUUAUUGUUUAUUUAUUAUUUGUUGAUACAUUUGGUUUGGGUUUCCGUGUUGUAAACUUAUUAACCCUUUUUAAAAGAACCAAAAAAUGUGACGGUGAUUUCAUUUACUUUUUGUUUAUUGAUGUCAUUGAUAUGUCUCUCUUGUGCUUAAAGAAUAGCACCCUACCACACAGUAUUUGAUAAGUUAAAUUACUAAAUGAUCAAGAACUACCGGUACACUAUUGGAUCUCCUGUGUGUGAUGUCAGUGUACUCUUACAAAUUCAAGUUAUCCAAGACUAUGGCCGGAGCAUAGUAUGCUAGCUGCUUGGUCUUAAGCUGUUGGCAAAUUUAGCUUUUAACUUUCCCUUCUACUUUGACCCUCUCUUUGAAUCACACACUUCUCGACUUCUUUGUCUAGUCUUGUUUAAUCCAACAUUCCUUAAUUGAAGAGAAAAACAAUUACACCGGAAGUUGCAUAAAGGCGGUACGUUGUCUUUUUUAAAAAAGUAUUUUUACUGUUUGUCUUGUUAGCUACCAAGCUAGAGGCUCACAACUUCACAAGCCGCCAACCCGAACAAUAGUUAUGUUAUAGAAAAGUUGCUUAAUGUUUGUCUUCAAGCUUUAAAUAUUUGAAAUUAGUCUCUUGUGUUUUUUCUUCAUUGUGCAGAUAUUUAUUUAUAGUUACAGUGAACAUUUCAUUAGUAAGAAAUUUGAUGGUCAUUUUUUUUUUAUUCAUCUUAUUAUCGUUGGUUAUUAAAUAUGCUUAGGUUAUUAAAUAUGUUUACCAAAAAAUAUAAUAUAAUAAACAAGUAGGCCUAAUCUU